AAACAGAGUGCCCAGGGUUUCGAUAUCAGUGGUACCGGUGCCCAAGAGGGCGAUUUUGUGGUUAAACUAUCACCGCAACAGAUUCGCACCUAUAUUGUGACGAUUGAGCCUGAUUAUCAUGUCGAAGCGAAAUGUACGCACAGUUGGGUGGAGGCCACACAGACCACAAUACCUACCGGCGCAUAUGUGGCCGGUUAUGACGUUGACAAAACACCGCUAAAUGUGUGCCGUUUUAAAGUAAACAAUGAGUUAAUCGCCGGAAAGGCUGACAAAAACAUCGGUUGUGUUGUGACUGUCAGUAAGAAAGAGCAGUCCGUAAAGGGGGCCGAAAAGUUUGAGGUACUGGUGGCCAGGGAUGCCGAGUGGGUGCCCAGACAUGGAGAGGAUCCCAUACCCAUCGGCGCACUUUUGGUUGGCAAUAAAGGAAAGCCUAAUACCGAUACGUAUAUAGGAAGGUGCGAUCGGUUUGGGGCGGAAAUGGUGGGCAAAAUUGAUUACAACUUUUAUUACGGAUAUAAAGGUGCGGAAAGGGGUGACUGCACUAAUCAUGAGAUACUUGUGUGUGUUUAA